AUUGUAGAAGCAAAAGAAACCAUGGUUCAAAGGAGCUCUUGCAUACGCAAUCUGGUUCAAUCCUUACGGGCUGCUUCUUUUCCAUCAAAGAUAAUGUUAGAAUAUGUCUUCCUGACAUGUAACAUCUCCAAGACAUAACUGAGCUUGCAGAUUAUCUUGGUAACACGUCUCAGGCUGCUUCUUCUCUGGGAGUAGCGACUCAACCAUCUGCUUAUAGUUUCUCAUCCUUUGCUGGAAUUCAAUGGGGCUCGCCAUGUGAAAGUGAUGGGCUGAAGAUUGGUGUUGUUAAGAUCACGACGUCAAGUUUUCGACAAUAAUAGUUUUAUUUACAUAAUAAAAAGAAAAGAAGAAGAGGAAUCUACGUCUUGUUGUCUUUUUCGAAAGUGAUUAAUAUAUUAGUACUAGGUUUUUUGAGUGAAAAUUUAUUCAAUCCAAUUAUUCAAGAAUAAGUGACGAGGAGUACGUUGACGUGGAUUGGGAUAAACUUGGAUUUGGUUUUAGGCCAGUUGAUUACAUGUACGUUAUGAGAUGUUCUAAGGCCGAAAAUUUUAGAGAAGGACGGCUCAGUCGCUAUGGCAAUAUUGAAUUAAGUCCUUCCGCAGGAGUCUUGAAUUACGGACAGGGCAUACUGGAAGGCACGAAAGCUAACAGGACAGAAGAUGGGCGCAUUCUUCUAUUCCGUCCAGAGCAAAAUGCAGCUCGGAUGAGGCAUGGGGCUGAAAGAAUGUGCAUGCCAUCUCCUUCCAUUGAACAAUUUGUUGAUGCAGUGAAGGAAACUGUACUCGCUAAUAAACGUUGGAUUCCUCCACCGGGAAAAGGGUCAUUGUAUGUUAGGCCUCUGCUUUUGGGAACUGGUCCUAUAUUAGGUUUGGCACCAGCCCCGGAGUAUACAUUUCUUAUUUAUGCUUCCCCUGUUUGCAACUAUUUCAAGGAUGGUACUGCACCUUUGAACUUGUUUAUUGAUGAGGAAUUUGUUCGGGCUUCUCCUGGAGGAGCAGGAGGCGUGAAGACAAUCACAAACUACGCUCCAGUUCUGAAGGCAAUAGUCAGAGCCAAAAACAGAGGAUUUUCUGAUGUCCUGUACCUUGAUGCCAUGAAUAGGAAAUAUCUGGAGGAGGUCUCAUCUUGUAAUGUUUUCGUUGUGAAGGGAAAUCUUAUUUCAACUCCUGCUAUAAAUGGAACAGUUCUAGAAGGGGUAACUCGAAAAAGUAUCCUUGAGAUAGCUAGGGAUCAUGGUUACCAGGUUGAGGAACGGGUAAUUUCUGUCGAUGACUUGGUUGAUGCUGAUGAAGUUUUUUGCACGGGAACAGCUGUUGGAGUUGCUCCAGUCGGUAGCAUUACACAUCAGAACAGAAGAAUUGAAUUCAAAUCAGAGGGUAGCUUGGUCUGCCAAGAACUGUACUCAACACUUGUGGGACUGCAAACUGGUCGCAUUGAGGAUAAAAAAGGGUGGACUGUCCAGAUCGAUUAAGCUCUUGAACGCUUACAAUAUCAUCUAUAUAAUUUAUAGUAUUAUACUAUAUGAACAGUGAAUAAAUUCUGUCCAUGAAUCACUUUCUUUUCAAUGUUUGCACUAAAGGCGGUGAUUAAUUAAAGGGAGGGGUCUGAUAGCUAAACUGUUAUUGUCAAUUACAGGCAAUGAUGUUGAUCUUAGUGAGGUAAAUCAGAGAAGACAACGUUUCAUAAUAGAAUUAAAUUGAGAACCAUUAUCAGCUGUGUGUUUUUAUAUGUAUACCUAGUUGCAGACCACCCAAAUGUUCCCCACUGUUACAUUCUUUACUCCUCUAAAAAGAUAUAGACUCUUGUAAACUUGCCCUACUUCCAAAUAUUCUUGCAGGACAUCAACUUAACUUGAUUCCUACCAGAGGACAUAAGCAGGCAACUUGGGAUUAUAAGAAAAAUGAAAUUGAACCUACCUACAAAACCAAUAGAGAAGUUUAUGAUUAUUGUAAGGUGGUCAAACUCAAACAAAGCUUUGCCAAAGGGAGAAAUGAAUAGUGACUAUCGCUGGUAUAUUGUGGGUUGUACCCGUUAGAUAAGAUCAAUACAGGAAAAAUGGAUUACUGAUAACCAUGUUUCUCCAACAAUUCCACUGUUUUCCCGCCUAGUGUUGUGAACCAUCCAUGUUUUCAAAUGUAAUUUUUUGGGGGGUUUUUUUUAAUAAUUGAGGUUGUCUGUAAUUAAACAUGAUCAAUUAUUAAGAAGUCAAUAUUCUAUUGAUAGAUUGUAUG